CUCUCUCUGAUUAACCAGGAUGAGGGUGUGGUCAUGGGAACAGUGUGGGGAGACGGGCAUGGUCCUGCUGGGCUUCCUGACGCUGGCAGUAUCUGUGGGGAACCUAUCCACAAGGGGACUGCAGGAGGACGGCGUGGCGUCCAACAGUCUGGAGGAGGAGCUGGAGGUCACCACGUACUGGUGGGGGGAGUGGGCCAAGUGGACAGCCUGCACUCGUACCUGUGGAGGGGGAGUGAUGUCACAGGAAAGACACUGCCUCAAACAGAGAAAAAAAGUUGCUGCUGGGAAAGACAACAUGACCUGUACAGGAACUGCUAAGAAAUAUCAUCUCUGCAACACUAAAGAAUGUCCUGCGACGGGGAGGAGCUUCAGAGAGGAGCAGUGCUGGUCCUUCAACUCCCAGCUUUACAAUGGGAGGAACUACCAGUGGAAACCUCUGUAUCCUGACGACUACGUUCACAUCUCUAGUAACCCCUGUGACCUCCACUGCACCACCACCGACGGCCAGAGGCAGCUGAUGGUGAUGGCACGAGACGGCACUUCAUGCAAGUACAGCAGUUACCGCGGCGUCUGCGUGGACGGUAAGUGUGAGCCAAUCGGAUGUGACGGAGUACUGUUUUCCUCCAACACCUUGGAUAAGUGUGGGGUCUGUCAGGGGGACGGCAGCAGCUGUAGCAGGGUCACCGGAAACUUCCGCCGUGGAGCCAUGACUCUGGGUUACUCCUUUAUCACUCAAAUCCCUGAAGGAUCAUGGGACAUCCAGAUCAUUGAGAGGAAGAAGUCGGCUGAUGUUCUAGCUGUGACUGACCAGGCGGGCAACUUCUUCUUUAACGGGGCUUACAAGGUGGACAGUCCCCAGAACUUCCACGCAGCAGGAACUGUUUUUAAGUACCGGCGACCCAUGGAUGUCUAUGAGACCGGGAUAGAGUACAUUGUUGCCAAAGGCCCCAUCGACCAGGCCAUCAAUAUUCUGGUGUGGAACCAGAACGGUCGCACACCGUACAUCACUUACGAAUACACCGUCCUUCGAGACUCCCUGCCACCCAUCCCACCUCCUCCACUCUACACGGGAUCAGACACCUCAGCCGGAGAGGUUUCUGUGGAGGUGGGGAGUCUGCUGCCACCGAACAGCAGUAUUUAUGACCAGGCGGCCCCUGAGGGCCAGUUAGAGCCGGGAGGGGCCGAGGUGCAGAAGGGCCAAGAGACCAACGAGGUGUAUGAGGAGACAGCGGAAAUCAGCUGUGACCAGGAUGUAGCAGCUGCCCCAAAAUCUACAGAAGGAAACAGCAGCCAUAGCACUGCCAAGCCUGCUACUGCCGGUGGCUCCCUGGAUGUGGUGCCAGACUCCCCAAAUCUCAUCUGGAGGGUUCUGCUGGAUGGCCGAAUUGGCCCGGAUGAGCUGCUCAUCAACAUCUCAACCAAUCAGCUGCUGACAGAGGGAGACAGUUUGUUCUCAUCAGAGGUGGGGCCAGUGGAGGCGGACCUGAGCAGCCUGGAGCAAGACAGGCUUAAUGAGACGCUGGAGUUUGCUCUGGGUCGCAAACGCAACGACAGCGGAGACAGUUCCUACCAGAACAAAACAGUGCAGAGUGGGGGAAGGACCUCCAGCCGCGCCAACAGAACAAGGGGGAAUCAAAGGAUUCACCAGAAGAACCUGAAGCUGAGUGCCGCUGACAUGUAUCGCUGGAAACUUUCCUCUCAGGAGCCCUGCAGCAUGACCUGCUCUAUAGGAGUGUCAAAGUCUUUCGUCACAUGUAUUCGUUAUGAUGGCAUCGAGGUGCACGAUAUGUACUGUGAUGCUCUGACCAGACCAGAGCCGGUCCACGACUUCUGUAUUGGGAGAGAAUGUCAGCCCAGAUGGGAGGCGAGCAGCUGGAGCGAGUGCUCAAGGACGUGCGGGGAGGGUUUCCAGUUUCGCCAAGUUCGCUGUUGGAAGAUGCUUUCACCAGGCCUGGACAGCUCGGUCUACAGUGACCUCUGCACCAUGGCUGACCUGGAGAGACCUAUGGAGAGACGGCCCUGCAAGAGCCCCGCGUGCGGCCCACAGUGGGAGGUGGCCGAGUGGACCGAGUGUCCUGCUAAAUGUGGCCGCAAAGCCCAGGUGAGCCGCGAUGUCCGGUGCUCCGAUGAGACCAGACCAUGUGACCCGAUGACCAAACCGCCAAAUAUCAAAAACUGCACAGGCCCUCCCUGCGAACGCCACUGGACUGUGUCCGAGUGGGGGCCUUGCUCGGGGUCAUGCGGCCAGGGGAAGAUGGUACGUCAUGUGUACUGUAAGGCUCCGGAGGGUCGCGUGGUUCCUGAGAACCAGUGCUCCGCGGAGAACAAGCCGCUGGCCAGCUACCCCUGUGGGGAGAGAGACUGUGCUCCACACUGGCUGAGCCAAGACUGGGAGAGGUGUAACACAACCUGUGGUCGUGGCGUGAAGCGAAGGAUGGUCCUGUGUGUCGGCAUCAGUGGAGGAAAGUUCCAGACCUUUGAUGAUGAGGCGUGUGGAGCCAGCGAGAAGCCUGAGGAGGAAAACACUUGUUUUGAAAGGCCAUGCUUCAAAUGGUACACCACCCCCUGGUCUGAGUGUACUAAGACGUGUGGUGUGGGUGUGAGGAUGAGGGACGUGAAGUGUUACCAGGGCAGGGAGUUGGUCCGAGGCUGCGACCCGCUCACCAAACCUGUGGCCAAACAGACCUGCACCCUGCAGCCCUGUCCCACUGAGCCGCCAGAUGAGAGCUGCCAGGAUCGUCCCUCUACCAACUGCCUGCUGGCGCUGAAGGUCAACCUGUGCAGCCACUGGUACUACAGCAAAGCCUGCUGCCACUCCUGCCGCGCCGUACGACCUCCAACCUCCUAGUCCAGGACACCACAGCCUCUCUCCACCCCGAAUCUAACUUCAGCACGAGGAAAGAAAUGGUUACGUUUAUGUACACGUGAUGCUACAGUUACUGUGAACAUUGAGAGGAAGCUGAAAGGCACCUGGAAGCACCUACCUGUUUUUAAGAAGCAGCGCUUCCUCCACUAGCUUAGUUUUACAUGGGUUCAUCUAUCAGUCGGAUAGUUCAAAUGAUUUAAGAUGAAAUCUGGUCAUCUUGAUAUCAGACAAAAACAUUUUGCCCUGUUGAUGUUUCAUCAACAGCAAUGUUCACAGAUACUGUACAACAGGAACACAUUUGUCAUUCUCUAUUUGCUCUUUUUCUUACAUCUUUUCCACUUUCUUUUUCAAUCACAAAUUGUAAUGUAAAAUAGAAAAAGAAUAUGUUUAAUUUGAGGGGAACUUUACUACUCUACUACUCAAAUUUCCCAGUGUGUGUAGGGGGGUCUUUCAUAAAACAUUGAAAUCACCUGCCGCAGCCUUUCGUCUCGAGACCUCUGAAACAUUUCAAAACAGAUUCGGCAAACAUAAAGAACAUUUAGUUAAGAAAAGACAUAUCCUAAGAUUUGUCCUAAGAAAUCCUGAGCCCUAUGUUGAGCCCCACAGCUGUUGUGACAGUUAAUGUUUCUCACCAUCCUCAUCACAAUUCUCAUUAUGAUUAAACCGUAUUUCAAGCAUAAAGCCAGUUUCUGCCAGCUGUCAUUGAUUAUUUGUCUUCCUCUAACAACACGUGGAGUUGGAGACGAAGUGGAGUCGACACUCAAAUGGUCUUACAGACCUCCUUCAUCAGUUAGCAGCUUGCUCUUGUUGUGUUCAUCGCUACCAUGAAAAGAUGUACUAAAUUAUUGCUCAUCGGAAUAUACUGCAUGAUUGGAAUAUUUAAGACGGAUACUGUUUAUGAAAUAUUAUUUAAUUGUGUUUCAAUUUGGUGUCUGGCAUGUAAAAAGCUCAUAUUUCCAUUCCACCCCCUGCCGUUUGGCACCGUGCCGGUAGCCCUGCAGGAUAUGGAAGCAUAUUUAUUAGUCAUAGCACAUUUUCAUUUUAUCGCGACGCUCCUGAUGCCAGCCAAUGGUUAUUCAUCGGGUCAACUGAUGCCAGUUCUGGUCUGUGUGUGUGACAGAGGAGGAGAGAGUUAAUAUAAACACAGAAAGAAAGAUUCCUGACACUUGAAGUAUGGUUGAAAUGUAUUCAGACGUGUACAUGUAUGUCUCAUUUUUAACUAUUGUGUACUGGUGUUUUUAUAUAACUGAUACCUCUUUGUACAAAACGUAAGUAUGGAAAUUGUGUACUGUUGAUAAUAAACUGAAAACCUUAUGGUACUGACUUGUAUUUCAAUUAAAGAAGAGUUCAAAUGAA